AUGGCGGAGAAGAAGUUUACGUGCUAUGAUCUUUUUGUAAACUUAAUUUCGCUGCUUACUUUUCUUGUAGACAUUGGAACAGAUAUUUUAGUGGCUGUAGAGUUCUAUGAAAAAGGUCAUAUAGUAUGGGGCAGUCUAUCUGUUCUAUUUAUAGCCCUACCAGCAGUAGUAAUGCAGUUUUUUAGUAUAAAAUGGUAUUAUAAUGAUGGAUCUUUAACUUGUCUGACAUUUUUACCUCAUUUAUUACUAUUAGGACCAGUUUUUAGAUAUGUAGGUGUGAUACGUCAAGGUUUGAAAGCGAGACAGAAAACAGGAGAUGUCGUACGUCAUACCUCUAAUGUUUUUAAUCAACAAAAUGAUAUCAGUAUUUUACGUCUGAUUGAAGCGUUUUUAGAAUCAGCUCCCCAACUAUGCCUUCAUCUUUAUAUUGUGUUGAUAACUCUGGAAAUAGACUGGCUUUCAGGUUUAAAAGACAGUUCUGUUCCAACAGAUGAUGAAACAGCAGGUGUAUCAUUAGUAAGCUCUCUGCUAUCUCUAUCCUGGGCUAUAACUGCCUAUACUGAUGCUCUGCGUCUGGCCUAUCAAGUUGGAUAUACCCGCAGAUGGAUUGGGUUGAUAUUACAUACAAUAUGGAGAAACUUUAUGAUAACUGCAAGAGUUACUGCCCUUGUUUUAUUCGCUUCUGUUUUUAAAGCUUGGGUUUUCCUGGUUGUAGGUAUCCACUGGCUGGUAAUGACAAUAAUUAUUGGUAUACAAGGUAUAGAUUUCGGUGAUGGCUGGUUGGAGACUAAUUUAUUCAGAAUGGUGGCUGGAUUUAUACAUAUCUUCUGUUUUUUAAACGUGAAAGAUGGCUCGACGCGACUUCGACUGGCAGGGUUUUAUAUAUUGAUAAUAUUAGAGAAUGUUGGAUUAUGGGUGUGUUGGUAUUUUUAUACCGAUGUACCAGAGCUAGCCACUAUUUCUGGAGUCAUUGUAUUUGGUAGUUUCGUACUAGGGUUGGUAUUUUUGUUGAUAUAUUAUGGUAGUUGUCAUCCUGGAGGUCCUAUCAGUAUCCUACAAAUCAACCCUCCUGUUACCUAUCAACCUACUAUAGUCAGGCGCGGAGAUCGGAAUCAAGAAACAAGGAAGGAUAUUUUUAACCAAUCAGAUUCCAUAUUAGACUACAACCAGUCCCGUUAUACAAUGGUGGAUUUAAGUGGGUUUCAGUCACCGAAGGGACAAGGUGGGGAUGGUGAGCAAGGACCUUCGAGUCCCUUCGUUCACUCAGCAACCAAUACUCCAUGUCCAAGAACAGCCACAGAUAGAAACUUGAUGGCUAUUUGGGAAUCUAGUUCUCAGCUUGCUUUAAAUAACUCAGAUCAAGGUGGUUUCAAGAAUUCCAAUUCACAAUCAAAACUUUCUGUUAUUAGCGAUCAAACUCAACAACGACAAUCCAAAACCAAAGAUGAGGACUACAGCAUAAUGUACAACGAAGGAACAGAUGGGUUGAUGUUCAGAAUCAGAUCUCAAAAAGAUCUACGUAACAGCGAUUGUAGUCCAUAUUCUGUCACAAAUCUCUCUAUCAUCAAUUCCAAUCCGUGUUCUCUGUCUCCUUUAGACGCUCACAAGCUUUGGGAAGAAUCCAAGCGUCGACUUUCAAGAUCCCCAAUUUCAACUUCCUCAUCAGAGUCUUCAAUUCAGAAGUUUUUCAGGGGAGAAAAGGCAAGAAGUAGCAUUUCAUCUACGUAUUCCUCUGAAAUUUUCAAUGAUAAUAACAUAACUGUUCGGGAGGCCCCCCCUCCACAAGAUGGAGUCCCAGUUUAUAAUCUCGAGUCCCAUCCUGUCAUUAUCAAGCCACCAGUCCCUGUGUUCGAGACUUUCAAUGAUUCGGCUGAGAUUCAACAUGGUUCGGUUUUAAAACUUAAGAAUGAUUUUGACCAAGACAUUAGAAAUGAGCAGAAAAAACAACAAGUUACUGAGAAGUAUUUCACAGCUAAGCAUCAUCAGUCUUCUAAUUCUCCUGUAUCAAAAGAUUUGCCUAUUCCUUCAUUUGCCCCACCAGCACCAACCAUGGCAGCUACAAAUCCCAAAAAGUUGGUAUCGUUUUCAAGCAACCUGGUAGAGCUGGAGCCAGUGUACAACCAUUACAAAUAUGGCUGCUUAACACCAGAUGUAUUAAAUUUCCCUACACCUGAAAAAUUAAGAAGCUUCCAAAAUCAAAAUGAAUGGAACUCCGAAAUUCCUUCCAGAAGUUAUUCCAAUCAAAAUGAAUCCAGUCCCAAUACCUCCAACAACAGUGGAGGAGCUCAGGAAGCACCAGUCUGUAUCAAUAGUAGCAUUCUCUCCGGAAAUUCCUGCUGUAGCCCAACAUUUCCCUUCAUUGAUGAAACCUGUUCCGAGGCUAGCAGCGAGAAGUCUUCAGUCCGACCUCCGUGUGAUCCUAAAGUCUGCUACAUGUCUGCUGUGACACAACUGGCAGACAAUGAGGUGGCUGAAGUGAUGCAGAAUUCGGUAGAAGAACAAGAGUUAGGAUGUGUUGAUACUGUAGGUCCAAUUCAACAAGCACCUGUCCUUCCAGAAAGCUUGUAUCACCCAUCAAGCAUGCGACAACCACAAGAUAGAACAGUGGUUGAUGGUCACGAUUUGAGAAAAAACACCAAUGAUUGUAAUAGGUCAUGGCCUGAUGAGAUCGUGACACCAGUAGCUGUUGAACAAGUCAGAUCUCCUCCCUCUUAUAAAGAAGCUUGUCAACGCAGCAAGGUUUUGUCGUUCAUUAAAGGCACUCAAGAGGCUUCUGAAGCCAUUCCUGAAAAUUGUGAACUCGGUUUCGAUGCUUCUCAGCUGCCUAUCUCAUCUCGAGACGCGUCAUUACGUUUGGAUUAUCUCAACAUUGACCCUUCUCCAAAUAUCAACAUGAGCGGCAAUCCAAAAUUACGUUCAGAGAAACACUCGAAGUACAGACUUAAUGUCUCAGAUCCAGGAUCUACUCCUAUAAAGCUCCAGGAAUUCGAAGAUUCACCAGCCAAAUUUGGACGUAACAUCGAUCUGUUCAAAACUGGAGAUUGGAACAGACUUGAAGAUCAAAAUGUAGGCCGUAAUUCACAGAAAUCCGUAUCAAGGAGACCCCUAUCUGGAAAUUUUGAAAUGAGAGAAAUGGAGGCCUCUCCUUAUACUCUCGAGCUCUCUGAUGUCCCAGAAAACUCGAAAGAAAAUGACAUUGAUCCAAACAGUAUGUCCCCUCCUCUGAAAUCCAGUUCCUUAAAAACUUCCUUGGCUAGAAAGAGGUCGAUUUCAAGACGUGAUAGCCUGAAUAAAGAAUUUGAAAAUAGUGGAAACUACGUUAAAGCCCAGCCUAGUGGAUCAAAAUUCACAAAUAUCAAACGAAGAAGUGAUUAUGUUCAAUAUGGAAAAGCUGCAAAAGAUCGAGAAAAUAUCGGACCACGAAAGCGAAGGAACAGUGGAUCAAAAACACCCAAGAAAAAUCGUAACAGUGGUGGUUAUAACGAUUCAUUUGAGAGUGAUUCCAUCAAUCACAAGUCUCGACAACCAUUAGGUUCGUUAGAUAAUAGCCCAGUAGUAGUGUCUCAUCAAUCCUUCCGUUCCAAACCAGAUUUUAGAUUCAGUGUCACACCUAAAAAGACAACAAGUCUAAAUAUAGUCUCUGAUGACAUCAUCAAUAAACAGCCAAUCAGAAAGUGGGCACCUGCUAAUUUAAAUACAAUUACUCCUGAUAAGAAAUCACAGUCCAUGAGGAAAACAUCUUCACGUAAAAAUCAUUUACAACUCCCAGCGUAUGGUCUAUCUAAAACUAGAUCGAUGGAACAUUUGUACUGA